AUGGCUAGUCGAACCAACAUAUCGUCGUCCCCCGGCCCUCUUUGCUUUCUUCUCCUCCUCCCGCCAUUGACAUUGACCCAACCCUCCUUGAUGCAAGCGCCGCAAACUGUCAAGUGCGCAAUGAAGACGGAGAGCAAUACUAUGCUUGGGUUUCUAGGGCGGCGAGUUCUCUGGCCUCUGGGCAUCUUGAUUUUCAUUUCAGCUCUUUUCACUCUGCAACGAAGGCAUUUCACCGAUGGACCCAGCAUCGCACAUUCCCGGUCCUCGGACAAAAGCGACAGCCUCAAACACGUUUUCAACUCGACGCUCGGGUUCCAAGACAUCCUUGUUGUCGGCAUGCCAUCCCGGACAGAUCGUCGCGACGGCAUGAUACUCGGCGCCGCUCUCUCGGGGCUUAAAAUCAACUUUAUCGACGGCGUGAAAGGCGAAGACGUCUACGAAAAGGCAAUCCCGGUACCCGAGGAUCGUAAUAACCACCUCAAGGGUCCCGGCCUGGGCUCCUGGCGGGCUCACAUGAACGCCAUUCACGACGUCGUUCGAAGAAACUUGUCGUCGGCGCUGAUUAUGGAAGACGAUGUAGACUGGGAUGUUAGGAUUCGCGAACAGCUUCAUGACUUUGCGGCGUCGAGCCGAGCGCUCACCCAGCCCUUGCGACACCAGCCUGGCCAAUACGCCGAUCCCACAUACCCCAACCCAGUCGAGGGCUCGCCAAAGAAGGUGCCCGACAUGAACUUCCACAGCCUUCCCGACACCGUGCAGCCUCUAAUGUCCCCGUAUGGAGACAACUGGGACGUCCUUUGGCUCGGGCACUGCGGCAUGCAUUUUGUGUUUGAACACAGCAAUCUGAUAGCCAAGGGCCGCGUGGUCAAGGAGAAUGACGUCUCGGUCCCGCCCAAGAAGAACCUCUGGUCCAUCAACAAGCCCUUCUCGCUGGUGGAGGAGUACCCAGCACAUACACGAGUUGUCCAUCACGCGCAAGAGGGCGUCUGCAGCCUCGCCUACGCCGUUAGUCAACGGGGUGCCCAAAAGAUGCUCCGUGAGAUUGCGCUCAAGCCGGCGACGGAUGCGUUCGACAUUCUGCUGCGGUUCUACUGCGAGGGCACCCACGAUCGCACCAAACAAGAGUGUCUGAGCGUCAACCCAAGUCUCUUCUCCCACCAUCGGCCGGUUGGGCCCAUCGGUGCGUCUAGCGAUAUUGGCGACCACGGCGAGGGAUACAGACACGAGGCAUCGACAGACAUGGUUCGGUUCAGCGUACGGCUGAAUGCCGAAGUCAUUCUGAACGGAAGUACCAAUUACAUUGAUCAGUUCCCCGACUCUGCGGAAUGA